UGUCAUAAGAGGGAAUAGACUCUGUCAUCAUGUCAAUAUAGAAUUAACUUUACGCAAUUUACCCAGGAUUUUUUUCCCUCUUAUUUUAUGUUAGUUGACGUAAUACAGUUCCGAGAAAAUUGCUAUUACCAUUUUUUUUUUCAAUAUUUAAUAAUGAUAUUGUCUGCAGAGUAAAGGAUGAUAUUAUAUGUUGGAUAACAUGGAACUAAUAUGCUUGGAUUUUAAAGUGUUUCCGCAAAAGUGUAGGAAAAAUUUGUGUCUUUAUACCCGGAAGUUUACAGACCUUGGAUAGAGGAAUAACGAAGACCUGCCAAUACAAAAUGUCAAGAGGGUUGUCCUCCAGAUUGAACAAGCAACACGGUGUCAACAGAAGUGAAAGAGAUUAGCUAAAUGUUAUCAAGUCGAGAUCGCUAAAACUCAAUAUCUUGACAAAUAUUGAACCAGGCUUUCUCCUGUUAUCGGCUAGUGUAUAGAAUACGUGCCAAUGUAUGCUGCACACUGUCUUCCUAUGUUUGGAUAUGCGACAAUUGAUGAUGGUUCUAGUUCCCAGCGCGCCAUUACUACAUCGAGUGUUUUCCGAUGUCUGAAAAGUCGGCGACCAAACAUGAAACUGUUUCCUUUACUUUUAUCCAAGAUGUCGUAUGUUGGUGGUUUGUAACGGAAACGGAAGGAAAGACGGGAAAUGUUUGUUCCUCAUGCGCGUGUGCGUCUCGUGGGCCUUCCAGAACAUGCCAGACGUAAACGUAGGCGGGUCGCUAGACGACGUUUAAAAUGUGCCGAAAUUUUACGAAUGCCGUGUCUGCUCCCAACAUUUGGUGCCAUAGUUCUAGGAAUAGUUGUGUUAGCUAGCGGAUGUAUGAUGAGCAUUAUGGGAUUUUAUCCCGGAACAAUUUCAGAUACUUUUCUAGCUCAAAAUAAUACCCAAGCGGUCCCUAUAGAAUACAAUGCUACGUAUUAUACACUAAAAUGUUUAUCUUAUUUAGGUCCAAUGUUGAUGGGUAUUGGGUUAUUUGUGAUAAUAGUGGCUGCUGUAUUAUAUUGCGAAAUCAUGGAUAAAUAUGUAAAUAUUGUGCCGGAUCAAAAUUCCAGGAAAAUUGGAAAAGAUGAAUUAUAUAAAAUGAUAAUGGAGCAAUUUAGGAAAAAUUAUUUUCGAGGUAUCGAAGUGCCUUUACAAAAACCUCACGCAGUGCUAAGGUCAAGUUCUGUGAAUAAAACUUUAUUUAAAGCGCUGAGUAUAAGUACGCCCGCCAUGCUUGUAACACCAGAAUUGACUAGUCCUUGGAAGAAAAGGCACAAAUCUCCACUUCCGGAUAGAAAGGUUAAAAAGUCGGUGAAAUUAAAAUUACUGGAAUGGGAAGAAAGGUGGCUUAAGACAUCGUCUCUUCCUAAUAUAAGACCUGUUGACAAUGACUCCACCGACGUAGAGUUAUCUUCAGACACAGGGAUAGCUUGUCGAGAGGAGUGUCUAAAAAUCAAAAGGAUGUCGCGUAGUUGUGGCAACGUGCCGGAAGUGUGCGAUGUGUCGGUCGGUGAAUUCUCGGAAAUGACCUCAUCAGGGUUAGAUAAUCCGGCCUAUAUUGCAGAUCCCGAAAAAGAGAAAUUACUGAAACCAAAAACAUUGCAAUUAUCCGAAAAUUAUAGAAGUUGUGAUCACAUACAAAAUGAUAAUGUUAAUAUUAAACGCGUUUCUGUGAUAGUACACAAGGCUUCCAUUCAUACGCCGCCUGAUCUUCAUACCGAUUUAGGCAAAAUGUACGUUAAAGGAAUCCGAGCAAUCAAAUCAUGUGACCAGGAGAGUUUCGAGGAGAACAAAUUACUGGAUAAUGUGCGGCAAACGGGUAAAUAUAAAAGUUGUCUUGGGUUAGUAAAUGGAGAGAAAUUCCGUUCUCACAAUUCAAUAAACGAUAAUUUGAAGCCUGUAAAAGUUAAAGAUGCUAAUUCAACCGAAUCGAUCACUCUCACUGAAGACAUGUUACGGAUAUUCGAUAUGGCGGAAAUGGCGCGUGUGUAGAAGCCACAUGAGUGUAAAAAAUCAGACGUUUCAUAUUACAUCGAUCAUUUUGGGGAAGAAGAAGGGUGCCUUUCCCCCGGGCAGCAAAUGUUGUAAUAGGUCUCUGAACACCGAUUAGGCCACAUCAAUGAUUUUCUCUUCUUCGGGGCCUUUAUAAAUAAAUAAAUAGCCCCUUGAAUCAAUCUGAUUAAAAUACAGAUCUAUAUUUCGUUUCGUUUUUUUAUACUUUCGAUCGUAUGACGUCAGACAUUUGAUUAACCAAUCACCAUUGAUGUUACUAGUGGAUUACCCACAGUUCCAUGCAAACCACGCCUUAAGCUCGCCGUAACAGACCGUUUCAUUGGCUAAUUCCUCACACCAUUCAGAACACGUCAAUGAUAACAACUCUUCCAGAUCCUAGUGUAGUAAAGACAAGUAAAACGAAAUUUUGAACUAUAAAAACGAAAAGAAAUAGGAUCUGUGUUUUAAUCAGAUUGCCUCUUGAAUGACGUGGAAGAUGUUUUGUUUCAAAUUUCAAAACUUAAAGAACAGUAUAGGUGUUAGCCAUUAUCACAUAUGUAAUAGAACUGGUUGAACACGUUCUAAAUAUAAUUUUGACACAGAGAUCAUUGCGUAACGAAGAUUUCAAGAAACGGAGGUGACAAAAGGAAAACACGAGUUAGGCCUAUCCUUCUAUAUAACUGACUGAAGUAACGAGCGACACAAAUACACGGGCGAAUUUCUGCUCACUAAUAAUUC